GGACGCAGACCUGUGUUCACUGUGUCUAACAUCUUUUUGAUUAUCGGAAACAUUGGUUCAGCACUAUCUAUCAAUAUUGGGAUGUUAAUUGGUUUUCGCGUUACGAUGGCUAUCGGUUCCGCUGCUAGCAAUGCGCUGGGUGCUGGUAUAAUCAUUGAUGUUUUUGAAGACCACGAAAAGGGCAAAGCACUCUCCUGGUAUGCUUCUAUAAAAAUACUAUCUGUAAUGUGUAGCCCUUUACUUGGCGGUGCAAUGGCACAGUACCUUGGUUGGCGAAGCAUUUUUUGGCUUUUUGUAACAAGCUACGGAUUAUUGGGUCUUACUAUCCUUAUCUUUCUCCCCGAAACCAACCACUACGCCCUUCAAAAACAAAUCGAGGAUGCUGUCGACGCAGAGAUUUCCAGCAGCAGCAAGAAAAAAUCAUGGGCAAAAAUGAUCAAUCCAUUCUCUUCAUUGAAACUGCUCAGAUUCCCAAAUAUGCUACUCUGCUGUCUAUACUUGGGAGUUAUCAUUUCUUUCACAUGGGCGUACAGCACCCAGUAUCACUUUUCAUCGACAAUGGUUGGACUAUUUUAUCUUGCUGGAAUAGCAGGAAAUACAGCAGGUACAUACUUGGGCGGUCUAAUGUCAGACCGUAUCUACAUGCGUCGAGUCGGCAAGGCAAAGGAAGAGGAUAAGCAAGUCUAUCCAGAAAUGAGGUUGAGUCAAUCUAUAUUAUUUGUGGCAGCUUUUUCAAUGGCUACCUUAUUUUCCGCGUAUGGAUGGUGUAUUCAAAAGGAUGUGCACUUUUCGGCAGGAAUUGUCUGUCAAGGUCUUGGUAAGAGCUAUUGCGGUUCGGAUUAA